UAGCUGUUUCCCUUCAGACCCAGGUAUGGAAAGUUUGCUUUGUGAUGAGGUCUGGCUCUCCACCAUUGCUCCUUCAACUCCUGAUAGCUGUAAUAGUGAUAAUAAUGUGGAAUGCUACUACUGCUUUGGUUCGUUCUACACCACUAAAGAAGACUUUGAGCAAGCCCUUUGUUCAUGCUUACAGGAGGAGUUAACUUACAUGCCUGAACAUGGAUACCUAGAGCAUCUUCACUCUACAAAAUUGUUCUUUGCCAGAUUCAAAGCGAUUCAAUGGCUUAUCAAGUCUCGCAGUCGAUUGAACCUCUCUUUUGUGACCCUCUUCAACGCAGCAAAUUACCUCGAUCGAUUUAUAUCUAUGAAUCAAUCUCACGGAUGGAAGAAUUGGAUGGUUGAAUUGCUGUCUGUUGCUUGUCUGUCUGUUGCGUCCAAGUUUAUUGAGAUAUCUACUCCUUCCUUGCAAGAAAUGCAGAUGGAGGACUUGGAUCAUUCCUUUCAAUCAAUCACAAUCCAGAGGAUGGAACUGAUGCUGUUACAGGCAUUAGGAUGGCGCCUCGGCUCUACCACAGCUUAUUCCUAUGUAGAGCUGCUCACAAUUAACAUCGACCCCUCUAGGUCUCAUCUUCGAAAGGACUUGGUUGCCCGAGUCACGGAGCUGCUUCUUGGAGCUAUACUAGAUUGCCAAUCGGUGGAAUGUCGACCAAGUAUAGCUUGCGCGUCUGCUCUCUGGUGCGGUUUACAAGAGUUACUUCCAUCAAAAUCCGACGCCCACCUUGCCUAUGUUACAGGCUUCUUCAAUCAGAAUCAGAAGGAUGAUAUCAUCAAAUACCAUAAGUACAUGAUGGAAGCAAAACUGGUUAAUCCAUUGUACAACCUAGUAGCCUGUGGGAACUACAAUUACUGCCCUUCAAGUCCUGUGACAGUUCUGCUGACAGAACGGAUUGACGUGCAUGAUUCCCAUGUUGAUCUCUCUCUCUUUAAGGAUCCUUCAGGAUCAAACAACAAUAAUCUUGAAUCAAUCAAGAAGAGAAGAAAGCAGAUGCAAGGUCUUCAAAAACCAACUUCUAUCUAACAAUUUUUAUUUGUAUUUGUUAAAUAAGAGUGAUAAGCUGCUAUAGCCUAGCUAUGCCUGUGAAAGACUUGAAGAAUUUACUAAUUAAUGCACCC